CCUGUUGGAGAAACCGCGCGAAGUGGCCAUGAGGAAGCACAACGCCAUGAUCAUGCAGCAGAACAAGAUCUCGAGCAUCCUGCAGAUCCUAAGUGACAGGCGGACGCUCUUCACGGAUCCCGAAUUCAGGAGCGAUUUCGAGUUCGUCGAUGAAAUAAUCGAGAAUUUCAUGAAAGAAAUGAGCACGUUCGACUCAUAUCUUUUAGAGCUGAAAGGGGGAAGGCUGGAGUGGAGCGUGGUGCACAACAGCCACCAGUUUUGGUUGGAAAACGCAGAGAAGUUCAACGAGAAGCGAUGCGAGCUUCUCAAGAUCUUGGUGACCAUCCUGAAGACCUCCAAGGACAGCACUGCCCUCUGCAUCGCCGCCCACGACCUGGGCAUGUACAUGACCAACUACCCGAACGGCAAGCGUAUCGUCGAGAAACUGGGGGGCAAGGAGGCCCUCUUGGAGCUCUUGGAACACAGGAGUGCUGAAGUGAAGUUCCACGCGCUGAAGAGCUUGCAGGUACUGAUGCUCAACAGCUUCGACCUGUUCCUGGAAUUCCUGCGCGAACAGAAUGCGAGCGUUGGACAGCAUUUCCAACUGGAACAGAUGGCACCGAAAUGACACGGUCAGUUAUCGAUGACAGCAUGGUAUGGAGUGGUUGACGGAUUGUUCAAAUGGAUGGAUUGUAACUGAUGCAAUCGAUGGAACUGAUGUAAAUGAUUGUAAUUGAUGUUGUAUGCAUGUUGG